AUGACCAUCUUCGACACCUUUCCCUCCUCAACCAAAAGCUGGUUGAACUUGAGGUGUGGUGACGGUGACUUUAGUGCCCACACGCUCUAUCGCGCGGUGGCGGCUCCAACCAACUCGUCACCAUCCUCGCACAGUUCCCAACCCUCAGAUACAGGCGCAGCUUCAAUGUCACAGACAACACAGAAAUCGUCGGAUACCGGCGAUGAUAAGACAACGGUCAAUGUCUUGGGCAUCGUAUUGGGCGUUGUUCUGGGUCUUGCGGUGGUUGCUGUUCUAGGAUUUCUGGCCCUCCGCAAACGGCGCAAAGGAAAAGGAAGUUCCGGACUACCACCAGGUGGUGAUAAUGGAAGCUCAAACCGGCUUUUCGAUAACGGCAAAACCAGCUACAAUCGCUCUCAGAAAUUCUCCUUCCACCGCGGCACUUCGGCUGAGACCGGAAGGUCUGCACCAACUCCAUCUCCAUCGAAUGUCAUCAACUUGAGCAUCGGGGGAAGUCGUGGCUCAGGGUUUGCACAAGUUAAUGGUGGAAACGUCCACGGCCUAAACUUGGGCAUUAACAAUCCCAUCCCGCCGGCUGAGUACAACGACGGUAGCAACGUACAAAGGCCCGAUUUUACCCACCAUCAGACUGCUCCUGCUGCGCCCAGGGGGGAUUCCCCGAGCUCAGGUGCUUUGCUCGUUCCUCUGAUGGGUUUUCGAACUCAAAGCGCUCCUGGGAACGUCUACCAGCUACCCACAAAUUCCCCACCUACCCCUGAGCUCGGUAGUUCGCGGCCGCUGUUGCAGAGACAGCAAAAUCUUACGGGGCGUGUCAUUGAAGAGACAGAUGCGAUAGAGAUGUCUGCUAGUCCCAUCCACACCUAG